GAAAAGGCAAAGAGCAGCAAAUGAAAAUUAGCGUGUAUAAUAAAUGUGUGUGUGAAAAGUGACUGGGCGUAAGGGUUUUUAUAGUAAAGGUAAAACAAAACACGGACCAAAAUAAUUGUUGUAAAACUGUUGUUGUUUUUUGAGGAGGCAAAAUUUAAUUGCCACCCACCCCGGCGCCUAUUGAAAUGGCUAAGACUGCUGCUGGCCAGUAUGUUCGUAAAAAGCACUUAAACUGCCGCCUAUUAUGGACCCAAUAACAACAAUAACAUUGAUACGAGACAUUGAAACCUUGCUGAGUCGAAUUGUAAAUAGUUAAAGAAAUAUAUAUAUGAAUAUGAAAACGAUAACGCCGGAUACAUUGACAUCCGCAUCAGCCGCGUCGCAACAUCAUCAGCAGCAGCAGCCGCAGCCUCAACAUCAGCAGCAGCUGCAGCUGCAGCAACAACAUAAACAACAUUUGCCCGCCAUCAUUCCGCAACAACACAUAACACCUGUGAUUAUGGAAGCAACAGCGCAUGUGAAUCUCGUGGAUGAUGACGACGAAAAGGAUCCACUGGCAUUGGAGCAGACAACAGCAACCGAAGCGCCACAGCAGCAGCAACAGACGCUCAACUCAACAUUGGCGAACAAGCACACACAUAGUCUGAGGCGCCACCUGCCACGCAUCAUUGUGAAACCUAUACCACCUGAGAAGAAGCCAACGCCACCCAGUGAGGAUGCAUUGCUUAAUGCUGGACUCCAGCCAGCGCCAGCGUUGUUUGUACCACCAAGCAUAGCCUCGACAACGGCAACGGUUACAGCAACAGCAUCCACAGCUGCUGCUGGCACUGUUGCAGCACCUGCGCCCGUGCGUGGCAUCAGCAGUCGUCGCAUACAACAACAGCAACAGGCCAAAGCAGCUGCAGCAGCAGCAGCGGCGGCGGCGGCAGCAGCAACAGCAGCAGCAGCAGCUGCAGCAGCUAAUGCAAAUGCUGCUGCAUCACCGGGCAGCGGUAAAGCCGCCACACAAACAUCUACAAUGCGUGAGGUGUUGGCUUCGAUACCGGGCUUUAGUGUGAAGCCGCGUCGUCGCAGUAACAAAAAACUCACGACAGCCGCGCAAAUCGAACAGACAAAGGAUGGAAAAAUCGAUUUGGAAACACCAGAUUCCAUAUUGGCAUCGACGAAUCUGCGCGCGCUGCUUAAUAAGCAAACGUUCUCAUUGCUGCCACCGCUGUAUCAACAUAAUCUCAUACAGUUGCUGCCGAGCGUGGAUCGUGAGGCCAGUGAGAUUGUGCAACAGCAACAACAAAAGCAGCAGCAGCAACAAUCAUCGCAGUCAGAGCAACCUAGCACCAGCGGCAACACUACAGAAGCAAUUCGAUUGAGCGCCUCCUGCCUGAAUAAUGAGUUCUUUGCGCGCGCCUGUUUGGAGUGGCGAGAACGGCUCAGUGAAGGCGAAUUCACACCUGAGAAUCAAAUGAAGCUGAAAACGGAAGCGGAACGCGAAAAGAAUAAGUUAGAUCCAUGGAAGGUCAAGCAUUUCGAGCCCUAUUGGGGUGAGAAGAUUGCGAAACGUGCGCCGAAUCUAAACCCGCCUAGUAGCAAAAUAAAGAUAGAGCCGAUUAGACAACAGCAACAACAGCAGCAACAGCAACAACAGCAACAACAACAACCACCAGCUGCAGCACCAGCACCGGCACCACCACCAAUAACAACAUCAACAACACAGCAGCAGCAACUACAACAAGCAACAUGUGAUAAUGAGACUGAACUGAAAUUUAAUACGAGCACAAAGUGCGAAUCGACAACCACAACUACCGAAGCAACAACAACUGACGGUGUCGCACCAUCAGCAACAGAAGCAACAGCAGCAACAACAACAACAGCUGCUGCAACAGAAACAGCAAUCAGUAGCAGCAAUGCUUUAACGGAGCAACAGCGACGCCUGUUAAAGCGAUCGUCAAGCAGCCCCUCGCGACGCAAACGCAGCAGUUCGAUCAAUAUGGCUGACGAGCAGGAAGAGCUGCCCAGCACGUCAAAAGAGAGCAAGCAAAUGAAACGUGAACUAGCUGAUAUUGUUCCUAAUAAUGCCAUGGCGAAUGUGACAGAUGUUGUUGAUCAUGCAGUAGUAGCGGCGACAACAACAACAACACCUGCAAUAACUAACAAUAGCCAGCAGCCACUUAUCAACAGUACCUGUGAUAAAAUUGAGACACCUGAUGCACAGACAACAAUAGUAGCAAUAUCAACAACGACAGUGACAGCGACACCAGCAACCUCAACAAUCACAAACGCAAUACCAACAGCUGCAGCAGCAGCAACAGCAGCAGUAGUAGCAACAUCAACUAUAGCAGACCCAAUCAACAAUUUUGCGGGCUAUUUGCAAAAUGUAGAGAUGGCAGAAGAUACCAAAGCAACAGAUAAUAUUGCGACAGAAGCAACCGCAACUGCCCCAACAACGACAAACAGCCAUGAUUUUGUAUUUGCCGAUACGAUUGAUCAUGCCUACUUCCAUGAUCACCAAGCAGCCAUCAGCCACGCCUACUACUCAUCAUCAUCAUCGCCCAACUCGACAGCAACAAUCAUCAAGCUGAACGAUCAUUGUGAUAAGCAGCUGGAGGACUCGGGAAUGACUCUAGCUAUGUCCAUGCCCUUGGCUAGCAGCUCGACAGGCACAUCACUGGCCAAUACAACGCCUACCAGUUCGCUGGCAUCCAGUAGUUGCACAUCCUCUUCGUUAUCAUCAUCGCUCUCCUCGUCCUGCUCCAGCAGCAAUUCUUCCUCAACGGCUCCGACCACGACGACAGCGGCGGGAGUAGGUGCUGCAGCUGCGCCUCUAUCACUGGGCACACCGGCGGAAACAACGUUGGCCAACAUGCAGGCCAUGCUCAGCACGGUGGCCACGCUGCAGCAACAACAGCAGCAGCAGGAGCAACAGCAGCAUCAACAGGUGGAAUUGCCAGUGGAGUUAAACUCAAGCGAGAUGUUUCAAAAUGUGCAGCACGAUUGGAAUUUUGGUGGCAUCAAAUUGCUGGCAGCAGCACCGACGCAAGGAUCAGAUAAUUCUGUGGAGCGGCUGCACCAUCAUCAGGUCGAGCAGCAUCUGAAUCAUGAGGAUAUCCAACUGAUGGAUGUGGUGCAUGAGCCCGAGGAGGAGGAGGAAGAGGUGAUCGACGAUAUGGUCGAGUGUCACAAUCUACUGGACAAUGAUGAAGAUGAAGAUGAAGGAGAAGAAAUUGUAGACGAAGACGAUGAGGAUGUGGUGGAGUGCAUCGAAGCGGAGCAACCGGAUCAGGAUGAUUUAAUGAACGAAAUGGUGGAACACGUUAUGGAUGUCAGCGGUGGCGAUGCUGUGCAAGAUAUUGUGGACAAGCUGCAGCAACAGCAACAACAACAGCAGCAACAACAGCAGCUGCAGGCACAGUUGCAGGAUGUUGUGCAAUUGACGCAGCAUUCCUUUAUGCCGCAGGGCCACAGCAGCGACUUUGCGAAUGAGAUCUCCCACGAACUGCUUUGUGAUGCGGUGCCCAUGUCUGCUGCCGAAAUGGAAGUCUCCAGCACAGUCAUCACGAACAGCAGCAACAGCAAUGACAGCAGCAACAACUUGAGCCUAUGCAGCAGCAGUAGCAGCAGUAUUGCCAUCAAUCAGUUGACCCCACAGGCAGCUGCAGCUGCGACUGCUGCUCCUGCGCCGCAACAACAGCAACGUCAAAUUUUGGUAGACUCGAAUGGGCAAAUCAUUGGCAACUUCUUGCUGCAGCAGCAACAGCAGCAGCAACAGCAGCAACAACAGCAGCAACAACAGCAGCAACAGCGUCAGCAGCAGCAGUUGCAACAACAGCAGCAGCAAUUGCUGCAACAGUUUACAUUACAAGCAGCCGCCCAGCAGCAGCAACAACAACAGCAGCAGGCGACCAGCAGCAAUUCGAUACAUAAAGCGCUGCCUGUGACCUUACGCAAACCUUUCGAGAUCAAUACCAAUGGAGCACAGCAAUUCUUAACACCAAAUUUACUGCAGCAACAGCAGCUAGAACAGAAGCAACAACAACUCCAACAAUUUGCACUGCAGGCGCAGUUGCAUCAGCGUCAACUGCUGGCCCAGGCAGCCAACAACAAUCUGCUGCAACAACAACAGCAGCAGCAACUGCAGCAGCAGCAAACCUAUCAACAACAACAGCAAGCUGUGGUGCCACCGAAGUUUAUAGCCAAGCCGCUGAACAUCAUAUCCAUGACACGACCCGCCAAUGCGUCGCCCAAUGCAGCAGCCACAGCAUCAGUGCCCACAUCAGCCACAAAUAAUGCCCAAAUUCCGUCCAGCUAUGCAAAUGUUGUAACAUCGCAGCAGCAGGUCAAUCACAACAGCAACCUGCAGCAGCAGCAACAGCAGCAACAAACACUGCAACUGCAACCCGUUGCAACAGUUAACAAUGUGCUGACCAUGAAAACGUUGCCACCUUCGGGAGUGCCCACAACCAUUGCCCAGCAGCGCCUGCAGCCAAAGAUGCCCACGGGGAAGGGGCGUAAGGCGACAACAAAUCGUUUGCCACCGGGAGCUGUCAACCUGGAGCGAAGCUAUCAAAUCUGCCAGGCUGUCAUACAAAACAGUCCGAAUCGUGAGAACCUCAAGGCGCAGCUGCGCCCGCCAGCGGCCAUACUCAGCCAGCAGCAGCAACAGACGACGACAACGCCAACAACUGCAGUGAGCAGCAGCAAUGCAACACAUAAUGUGUCCACCGUGGCAGCCACGCCCUUGAACAAUGUGCCGGCAGCAGCGACCGUCGCUGUGUCAGCACCAGCACAAAAUCUGCUCAAGCAGGACGAGCUGCCAGCCCUGCCGCCCAAUGUGCUGGGCGUGGGCAGACCGGGCGUCUAUAAGGUGAUAGGUCCGCGCAUGAGUGGCUUUCCCCGGAAGAAGUACGUGCAGCGCAAGCCCUCGCCGACAACUGUGAUGCGGCACUUGCUGACUGCAACGCCUGGUGCGUCCAGUCCACAACAGCAGCAGCAGCAACAGUUGGUCACGCAACAGUCCGGCCAAGAGCAGCAGCAGCUGUUGCAUCAGAAUGGCACGGGGCAAUAUGUGCUGGUGCAUCGCGCCAAUGUAGGCGCAGCCGACAAUCAAGCACCGCGGGCUUCCAGUGCGCCGCCUUUACAUCAAAAUCAGUUUGUUGCCGUUCAGAAUUCGCUGCACAGCCUUAAUGGCAUUAGCUUGGGCGGACGCGGGCGUCCGGCUUCAGUGGACAACAACAAUAGUGCCGGCAACGAUGCAAUGCAUCAUAACGAGUUGCAGCAACAGCAACAACAACAGCAACUCAGCAAUGUAAACGCGGCUGCGAAUAUUGUGCGGCGCAAUAUCGCUGCAGGUACCAACAUUACCUACAUAGACAACAGCAAUUCGUCGGCAACUCUUAUGGAUGCGAGCAACAACUACAUCGUGACGACUACAGCAGCAACAACAACGGCUGCCGGAGCUGCAGGAACGACGCAGCAAACAACACAGCAGCAACAGCAGCCACAACAACAACAGCAUGCUCUAAUCCAACUGCAUCAAAGCGGCGAGAACACUCCGCCAGGUAACGACGCGACCAACAAUGGUUGUGCCUGUGCUUUAAACGCGAUGGUCAUUUGUCAGCAAUGCGGCGCAUUCUGUCACGAUGAUUGCAUCAGCGCCUCGAAGUUGUGCGUGUCCUGUGUGAUCAGAUGAGAGCUAAGCCUCCAGAUGCAACUUGACAACGUAUUAUAGUAAUAUAUAGAGUUAAACCCAUUUAGAUGCAAUGCUAAUGCUAUAUUCUGUAUAUACAUACAUAUAUAUAACUAUAUAUUGAAUGGCAUGUCGAAAAAUCAGUUCGAGAAAGCAUGAGUAUACAUUGUUAAAUACCAAUCACUCCUUUUUUACCCAGACAAUUUAUAAGCUAGACUAUAGAAGCGAAAACCCAAUUAUAAAUACCAAGUGCAGAGGCUUAGAGACACCGAGAGAAAGAAGAAACGAAAGCUAAUGCUGAUAAACGCUUAGACGAAAAGCAAAUACCUUUUGUAUAAAGAAACUAGCUAUAAAACAAAGCUUAAUAAUCAAGCAAGUGUUGUGUAUUACGUGCAUGCUUCGUACCUUUAAGGAAAGGGUAUUACAGCUGCACAUAAAAAUGAAAAAAAUAAAAAUAAAUAAAUAAAAUAAUGAUAUAAAGAUUAACAAAAAAAACAACAACAAAAAAAAACACUCAUUGUAAUUUAAACAAAACAGAACAAAAACAAAAAGGCAGCGGCAAAAGCAGCAAAUAAAACCAAUAAAAUCCAAGCUAUGUAAAUAUUUAUGUUUAAUAUUAAUUGUAAUUUAUAAAUUAAAAAUAUCAUAUUUACACAAUAUAUAUAUAGACAUAUAUGUGUAUAUAUAUAUGACUAUGUGUAAUUAUGUUUAAGCUAGAAUUGAGAAAAACUUCAAACUUAGGUUGACAUAUGCCUGAAGACUAUAUUUUUAUAAUUUGUCGCAGCAGUUGAUUCGUUUUUAAUCAAAUACAUAAGCAACUACAUUAUAUUCAUACAUGCAACUACAAUACACAUACAUUUACAUAACAUAUAUAUUUUACUGUGUAAUUUUUCGUAAACCUAAGCUCUUUUUAUUUCCCUAAUUCUAAGUUUAUCAUCCCACACAAUCCACAAAUAAGAAAAAAAAAAAAAAAAAAAAAAAAAACAUCUCUAGCAUACACAUAAUAUAGCGCAUAAAAUUAAUUGUAAUUCGCAUAUAAAAAAUUGA